AUGAUCGACUCUCUGUCGUAUACCACCAUGCCGGUGGUCCUGUUCGCAGGCCUGGUUCUGUACCAACUGCUAGCCUUCACAUACAGGCUUUUCUUUAGCCCCCUCGCAAAGUUUCCGGGACAAAAGAUUGCGGGAAUGACACAUUGGUAUGAGUUCUACCAUGAUGUCAUACGCCGUGGCCAAUACACCUUUCAUAUCCGGGACAUGCAUAAGAAAUACGGACCUAUCCUGCGCAUCAAUCCGUACGAGCUACACAUAUCCGAUCCCGGUUUCUACAACGAGAUCUAUGCGGUGCAAAACCGGCGCCGGGACCGCUGGGAAUGGUCUACGAGACCGGGUGGUUUCGGUGGUUCAGUUGGUGGAACAAACCCACACGAGUUACACCGUAGGCGAAGGGCUGCGUUGAAUCCAUUCUUCUCUAGGGCCAAUAUUCGGAAGCUCCAACAUGAGAUUGAUCAAAAGGCCGUGCAGCUAGUAGAGAGACUAGAGAAAGAAAAGGACCGGGUCAUCAAAGUCAAUCAUGCAUUUGCCGCUCUCACAAAUGAUUUCGAUCCCUCAUUCCAUGAUAAUUUUGUUGCCGGAGUAUCGUGCCUGAAUCUUCUUCGCCACGUAUUUAUACUAGAUCGAGCAGCCAGGGCGCUGCCAAUGGAAAUUCUCAGUAAGAUCUCGAAUGUUGUUGCUAUGUUCUGGCAAGAGAAACAGUCUAUUACCGAGGAGGUUAGGCAAAUUCUCAACGGAACCAACAAAGCUUAUAAAGAGCGCCCUAAUCGGACCAUCUACCAUGGAAUCUUAGAAAGUAAAUUGCCCCCGGAGGAAAAGGAACUCAACCGACUGGCUGAAGAAGCCCAGAUCACAAUCGGAGCCGGUACGCUGGCCACUGCCUGGGUGAUGUCGGUUGGAAUGUACCAUCUGCUGGCACCAGGCUCUGUCUCGAUGUUGAAGACUUUGCGCGAAGAACUCCAACGCGCAAUUCCCAAUCCCAGUGAACCCAUCGAUUUGGCUGCACUGGAGAAAUUGCCUUAUCUUACGGGUGUGGUCAAAGAGUGUCUGCGUCUUGGAAACGGCACAACAACGAGACUGCAGCGCAUCGCUCCUGAUGAAACCCUGAUUUACACAGAUCCCAACACCGGAAAAGUAUGGGACAUCCCUCCCGGUACUCCAGUGAGCUUGUCAUCGCUGCAUAUUCAUCACGAUGAAACAAUUUUCACCGACCCAGAGUCGUUCCGUCCUGAGCGAUGGAUCGAGAACCCAGAUCUUGACCGGUUCCUCUUGACCUUCUCUAAAGGAAGUCGCCAGUGCCUCGGUAUUCACUUGGCUUACGCCGAGAUGUAUAUCGUUUUAGCCCGGGUUUUUCGGCUCUACGGCCGAAAGGAAGAAGGCCCAUCUAAGGGCACGUCCGACAAGCUAGGCAACCUAGAGUUGUUCCAAACUGAAUUACGGGAUACUGUCUGUGUUGCUGACCUGGUGGUACCUGCAGUGUGGGAGGGAUCCCAAGGUAUCCGACUCAAAGUCACUGAGUAUGAGACCCAUAAGACAAACCUUCUGAUGGAGCAGAGGGAAAUCAUCCUACUUGGCCUGGCAGCUUUGGCUGCAACAUACCAAGUCAUUGUUUGGAUUUACAACGCCUGGUUCCAUCCGCUAUCGGGCUACCCAGGCCCCAAACUAUUCGGGGCAUCAUACCUCCCUGGUCUAUAUCACCGGAUUCAAGGCGACUAUGUCCUUGUCCAUACAGCGCUUCACGAGCGUUUUGGUGAGGUUAUUCGGGUGAGCCCAAAUGAACUGUCGUAUAUCAAUCCCCAGGCAUGGAAAGAUAUCACCGGACAAGGCUCAGGCCGUCAGGAUAUGGAGAAAGACCCUCUAUCAUUCGGACGACCCAUGCCGAACGCACCCAGUAUCUUCAAUGCCCAUAGAACAGACCAUUCUCGGAUCCGUCGGACCAUGUCCCAUGCGUUUUCUGCAUCUGCACUUCGGAGACAGGAAUCGUUGAUCCAGAGCCAUGUGAAGAUGAUGAUCCAGUGUCUUAAUGAGCACAACGAGGAGGUGAUUGAUAUGGUGUCUUGGUACAACUUCACCACCUUUGAUAUGUUUGGCGACCUUGCUUUUGGCGAGUCAUUUGGCUGUCUGACCAAUUCACUAUACCACCCAUGGGUAAAAAUGCUUAUAAUGAGCAUGAAGGCAGGGUACUUCAUCAUUCAAGCUCAGAAAUACCCCAUUUUUGAAAAAGUUCUCAUGUCCUUUAUCCCGCGCAUGAUGCGUCAACGCCGACGUGAUCAUUUAGCCUUGACGCAGGCGAAGCUUGCGAAACGAAUGGCAAAGCCGGAAGAGCGACCCGACUUUCUCAGUUUCAUAUUGAGACACCAGGAUGAAGCGACUGGAAUGUCGCUUCCAGAACUAGAGAUAAAUGCGAGUACACUCAUUGUAGCUGGUUCAGAGACCACUGCUACCCUGCUAUCCGGAUGCACGUACUACUUGCUACGCAAUCCUCGCGUGAUGGAAAAGCUUUUGCAUGAAGUCCGAACCACUUUUAAAUCGGAGGACGAGAUUGAUAUUACCAGCGUUAACGGCUUGAAGUAUAUGUUGGCCGUCCUGGAUGAAGCAUUGCGUGUGUACCCCCCGGCUCCAGGCAACUUUCAUCGCCUUGUGCCUAAAGAGGGCUCGGUGAUUUGCGAGAAAUUUGUACCCGGUGAGACACAGGUAUCUGUGUGUCAUUACGCAGCUUAUCGCUCACCAUGCAACUUUCAUCAACCGGAUGAGUUCAUUCCUGAGCGAUUCCUUGGCGACUCUAAAUUUGAAAACGACCGCAGGGACGUUCUUCAGCCAUUUGGCACUGGAUCGAGAGCCUGUCUGGGGCGAAAUCUCGCAUACUUUGAAAUGCGUCUCCUCCUGGCACAUGUGCUCUGGAAUUUUGACUUGGAGCUCAUGCCACGAAGUGAAAAGUGGGCCAAUCAAAAAGUAUUUGCUAUAUGGGACAAGCCUGAGUUGUAUGUGAAGCUCAAGCCAAGGGCUGAGUUGGGGGUAAGUGCUUAA